AUGGAGAUUCCCAAGACUGAUAUGGAAACACUCUAUCCUGAGUUUGUAGUAGACGUGGGCAGAGUGACUUUUGGAGAAGAGAAUAGGAAGAAAAUGACCAACAGCUGUUUGAAAAGAACUGAGAAUCUGAAUAUCAUCAAGGCCACAUGUGCACUGCUAAAUUCUGGUGGGGGUGUGAUCAAAGCCGAGAUUGACGAUAAAAACUACAGUUACCAAUGCCACGGGCUGGGGCAUGAUUUGGAAACUUCUUUUCAAAAGCUCCUCCCUUCUGGUUCACAGAAAUACCUUGACUACAUGCAGCAGGGGCACAAGCUCUUGAUUUUUGUGAAGUCCUGGAACCCAGAUGUUUCCAGCCUCCUCUCUCUAAGGAUUUGCAGCUUGCGCUCCAAUUUGUAUCAAAGAGAUGUGACUUCUGCUAUCAACCUGAGUGCCAGUAGCGCCCUGGAGCUUCUGAGAGAGAAACAGCACGCAGCCCAAAGAGGAAGACAGAGGCUGCAUCCUCCGAGGGUUCUCAACAGCAACCUUCAGGAAGAGGAACAUAUGAAGAUGCUUGCUUCCGAAGUUUUUAAAAAGGACAGACUCAUGUAUAAGGAGAAACUUAACUUUACUGAGUCAACACAUGUUGAAUUUAAAAGGUUCACCACCAAAAAGGUUGUACCUCGGAUUAAAGAAAUGCUGCCUCAUUAUGUUUCCGCAUUUGCCAACACCCAAGGAGGAUACCUAAUUAUUGGGGUGGAUGAUAAGAGCAAAGAAGUGUUUGGGUGUAAGAAAGAAAAAGUGAACCCUGACCUAUUAAAAAAAGAAAUAGAAAACUGCAUAGAAAAAUUGCCUACAUUCCACUUCUGCCAUGAGAAGCCAAAGAUUAACUUCAUUACCAAAAUCCUGAAUGUGUACCAAAAAGAUGUCCUGUAUGGUUAUGUCUGUGUGGUUCAAGUGGAGCCCUUCUGUUGUGCAGUGUUUGCAGAGGCCCCAGACUCCUGGGUCAUGAGGGACAACACUGCCACCAGGUUAACGGCUGAGCACUGGGUGCUCAUGAUGCUGGAUAUUCCAUCAGCUCCUUCCAGUUUGGUCACAGACUACAAUGCUCACCUGAAGUCGUCAGCUUCGUCUGCUUUCAGAAGCCCAGUGUGUCCCACAAAAGUCCUGGAAUUUAAGGGGGCUUUGCAACGACAUUUGUUUCCAGUGACACAGAAAACAAUCCAAUUUAAGCCAGAAUCCUUCUGUAAGAAGCUCUUCUCAGAUCACAAAGGACUGGAGGACCUUAUGAAGACGCAGACGUAUCCUUAUUCUCAGGGGGUCGUGGUAUUUUCUAGGAGCUGGGCUGCUGAUGUUGGCUUGAGGAAAGAGGACAAAGUCCUGUGCGAUGCUCUCCUAAUAGCACUUCAUAGCCCCUUGGUACUCUAUACAGUCCUGACAGACCCCAGCUGGGCUGGAGGACGUGAAUAUGCAUGGAACGUGGCUUUUCAUUUAAAGCAGAAACUGCAAAGUGUUGGCGGCUACCCAGGGAAAGUGGGUAUCAUCCCUAGGCUGAUUCAGCUGGCCGGCACGUGGUGUGGACCUGGGGAUGGCUCUGUGCACUACCCCCAGUCCUACCAGCUUGCUACUGAGGAUGACAUGGAAGACUUGUUGCAGGCCCUUGUGGUGGUCUCGCUGUGUUCUAGAUCCCUCCUGAGCGACCAGCUGGGCUGUGAAUUUUUCAACCUGCUUAUAGCUGAGCAGUGUGAGGUGCUUUCCCAGAGCCUGCAGGAGACCCGGGAAUUGUUCAUCCACUGCUUUCCAGGAACCAGGAAGACUGCACUAGCCAUAAAGAUCUUGGAGAAAAUUAGGGACUUGUUCCACUGCAAACCAAAAGAGAUCCUGUAUGUUUGCGAAAGUGACUUCCUAAGGGAUUUUGUGAUCCAUCAAACCGCCUGCCUGGCUGUGACCCGGAAAACCUUCAUGCAAGGGGAGUUUCCAAAGAUUAAGCACAUAGUGAUGGACGAGACUGAGAAUUUCUGCAGUAAAUACGGAGAUUGGUACUCAAAGGCCAGGAGCAUCACCCAUCCAAGAGUGAGAGGGGCUGGAAAUGAAGACCUUCACCAUGGGAUUCUCUGGAUUUUUCUGGACCCUUUCCAAGUCCGUCACUCAGAUGUCAAUGGCCUCCCUCCUCCAUCUGCUCAGUUUCCUCGAAAAACAAUCACCAGUGGGAUCCACUGUGCUCGAGAAAUAGCAAAGGUCAUGAAAGCAGCAAUGAAGAGGAUCACAGAGAACCCUCCCUCCAACAUGUCUCCACACACGUUGGCACUGUUCAGGGAAGCCGCCUACGGGGAGGCACUGUGUACACACGCUCUGCCCGGGGUGUGUGAGACAGAGGCGGACCUGACAGUAGAACAAAUAGCGAAUUACGUGGCGGAAAGAUGUCACGCCUUGUUCCAGUGUGGCUAUCUCCCCAAAGAUGUAGCAAUUCUGUGCAGGAGAGAGGAGGACAGAGCACGCUAUAAGCUUGCACUGCUAAGGGCGAUGGAAUUAACUGAGACCCACAGAGCAACCGAGGUGGUGUUCAGCCAGGCUGCUGGUGUUCAGGGCGAACACGUCAUUUUAGACAGUGUGCAGCAGUUUUCAGGCCUACAUAGGAACAUUGUGUUUGGACUUAGUCCAGAGCAGCUCCUGUCAGAGCAAUUCCACCAGCUCUGCUUUGCCUCAAAAGCCAUUAGACACCUCUAUCUGCUUUAUGAAAGGGGGCAUGUUUCUGAAAAUUAUUUUAAAUAA